AUUAUCAAAGGACAGUGUUGAAAACAGUGUUGUGUUCAUCUCUGUCUAGCAAAUGUCCUCUUUAGCGAUCAAUCUACGUCAAUAAACGAACAAUGAUCGGUCAUCCGGUUACCAGCAGAUGAGCCAAAUCUAAUCGUCGCUGAAAGAAAGAGGCGAAACUUACGAUUUUUGGCAUCAUGGCUAGCUGCAGUGAGGUAAAUGUUUCCGUGGACACCCUGACUUCAGGCAAGAAGGUGAGUGCGGAUUCUCUGACGGAUGGAAGUCCUUCGCCUUUGUCUCCUUCGCUGCCUGUUCCAGAAUGUGCAAUCUGCCUGCAGAGCUGCGUUCACCCAGUACGCCUGCCGUGCCGACAUAUUUUCUGCUUCCUCUGUGUCAAGGGAGCUUCCUGGCACAGCAAACGCUGCGCCCUCUGUAGACAGGAAGUACCUGAGGAUUUCCUGGAAAGGCCCACUUUGCUUUCACCCGAAGAACUGAAGGCUUCGGCAACAGGUGGACGCGGUGCAGGAGCGGGAGGCCACGCAUGGUACUAUGAAGGACGUAAUGGCUGGUGGCAAUACGAUGAGCGUACUAGCCGAGAACUGGAGGAUGCAUUUAACAAGGGCAAGAAGAGUGCGGAGAUGCUCAUCGCCGGUUUCCUCUACGUUGCCGACCUGGAGAACAUGGUGCAGUACAGGAGGAAUGAGCAUGGACGUAGGCGAAGGAUGAAGAGAGAUGUGGUGGACAUUCCAAAGAAAGGUGUAGCAGGACUUAGACUCGAUCCAGAUCCCAGCCCAGUGGUAGGGUCGGGUUCGGUAACAGUAACGGUCGGAGAUGCUGCAGUUGCAGAUUUAAGUGCAAGUGUGGACGGAGCAGCUGUUGAACGAGAAAGCUCGGCGGAUGGAGCGGAUACUAGUGCCAACAGUGGGCGUCCUCAAGGCGUCUUUGCGCCUCCUCCCAUUAGACCGUCAACUGUCUUGGGGGGUCAUCUGACUGGCCCUGCGGGGUCCUCUAGUGGCAUUCAGCUUGUUCAGGCGCUGGCACAACUGAAUAUCAACCCUGUUGAACCUGGACUAGAUGAGGAAGACAUCGAUGACGAAGAUGACUCUGUCAUUCCGGAUGCCUCGGGUUAUGAGUCCGAAUCCAGCACAAGCGAGGAAGACGACGAAUCCAUUGGUGGCGAGGGUGCACUCGAGGGAGCGGAAAGCUCCCGGGGAAGGCAUAGACUGCAGCAGUUGGACAGACCGCCCCCUGGUGGUGGCCCUGCACAUGGCAGCGAUCGUUCUGGGUGCCCCGAUGGUCAGUGCACCGUUACGAAGGUCUGACCACCACAAGGUUGGGUAGGAGUCCAGUCUAACCACUGGACACCUACCCAACAACUGCUGGGUAUUUCAAAACCAAUCUCUGAAAUGCAAAAAAUGAAUUCACAGACUUGGAUAGGGCAGAUACUUGGUACAGAGGGUUUUAGUGUAAAAAUAGUGCUUGUAUUUCUCAAUCUUAGUAGACUGUACCAGGGAUGUGCUCUUUGAUUGGAAAUAACAGGCAAAACUACAAUAAAACUUGCUUUUUAUCAUAUUAAUCCUGAUAAGUAGCCCAGACAGUCCAUUUUCAAGUGAAAUUUAUAUUGCCACUAAAAGCUGAUAGUUUGAUAGCACUGCCUGAUGGUAAAACAUGUACUCAAUUGUCAUCGCAAUGUACACCAACCAUUGUGCUAUGCACUUUAUAACAAUUAGUGCGCCAAACAUUAAUGAAGACAAACGUAUCUGAAUUUCACGAAAACAUGCCCAGGUCACAUUUCCCCAUAAUCUAGAAAAUAUAUGUUGCCUUUUUUUUUUUUUUUAGGAUCAUUUUAAAUAAAGCCUAUUUUUACAAUCAUUAAUAUAUUUUGUUUUGACAUUAUUUUCGUGACAAUUAAACACAUUACCGUAAUGCAUCCGUUUUUAUGUAAUUCACAUUCUUAUUGUUGUUCUUAAGAUUCACACUGUUAAAAUUAUUUUUGUAUUACCCCAAUGUAUCAAUGCUUAAUUUGAAUAAUAUAUCAUUAUUAUUGCAUUGCAAUACAGUUACAAGAAUUUGAGAAUUAAUUUAGUCAUGAAAAUAAUAUCAUAAUGCAAAACAUUAUAAUGAUACAAAACAUUUCAGGAUCAUGUACCAUUUUAAUAGUCCUAAAAUAUCAAAGUUAUUUUAUUCCUUUUGAUUUUGGGGUGAAAUAUGACCCAGAUGUGUUCUUGACCGGUUUCAUAAAAUACAUGAGAUUUAAAAAAAUAUAUAUUUACUUUAGAUUAUGUCUAGCAUGACUCAACACAUCAUUCAGUGGUAAUGCGGUCAUGGAGUAAAAAAAUAAUAAUAAUAAGAUUUUUCUGAACUUAAAAUCUCUUCAUAAAAUAUUCAAUAUUAGUUUUUAACCAAGAGGAAUCUGCCAUGGCAUCAGAAAAUAAUAAGCCACUUACACUAUUUUAGUACGAUAAAAUGAAACUACGUGUUGUACACAUUGAAUAUGGUUUCAAAAUGCUCAACUUUAUUCCUCUAACCCAUUCUUUUCAUCAGAAACGACCCUUCAUUUACUACUAGUGUUUCAUGAUGUGAGGUUUAAAAACAAAACACUUAACGGUGUGUGCAUUUGCGUUUAUUUUAAGCAAUUUGUCUUCAUUCGAUCAGUUUCAUUUUGGUGUGCUUUUCUGUUUCAUGAUUUUGCAUGUGUUGCUGUGAGCAAUGGAAGGAGCCCUGGGCUAUGACAAACUCUGGGAAGGGGCGAGUUUUUUCAGAUGUUGUAAUUGUAGUUUAGUCCUCAGAUUGCUGCAAACGGAGUGCGAGAGUAGUUUUCAAGCGGAAGUGUUUGAUUUUAAGUUUUUUUUUAUUUGAAUGUUACUUUCAUCCAUGAUAAAUCUCAUCAUCAUUUGUUCAGGUUCUUUGUUGUCAAUGAAACAAAUUGAAAACUAUAAUAGAGAAAUAACUUCUUUUGGUGUAUUUUUGUUUUAAUGUGUUGUUUUGUUACCAGGUUUAUCUGAAAAAUAAAGUGUUGUCUGUUACCUGU